GUGGAGGAUGGUGAUGACAUUUUGGCUGACUUCAAGGCCAACAGUAAAAGUGGAUCCACUGAAAAUUUGAUCCGUGAAGUGGUUCAAAUCCUCACAUUCUUAACUGAUCGGCUGGAAACAGUUGCCAGUUCGGGGCAUGGCAAGCAAGCUCUGCCCGUGCUACUGGAAAGUGUGAACACCAUCCUAGAAAAAGUACCCGUGGCCAUCAAACAUAACCCAGGUUUCCAGGAACUCCUGUGGAAACGUCUUUGUCCAUGCUUGAUUGUACUGCUGGGUGAGCCAAAGGCUGAGAAGAUAGCCAAUCAGAAGACAGGAAGACCAGAAGUCGCAAAGACAGGAGGAUCGUCCACUUCCUCCCCUCACAUUACUCAUGCCGCUGCCAAGGUCAUCUAUAACAUUGCUGGUGAGUUGGCCAGCCUGGUUGGAGAGAUCCCAGCUCUGAGGCCUGUGCUAGAGUCUCUGUUCCACAAGAUGUUGAUGUUCCCUCUGCCGCAGAACCGCCACGAUGCGCUCCGAGUGGUCAAGGAGCUGAUGUCAGAGCCCCAGAAAGUGAUAUCAUUGAUUGGCUCCAGCGGUGCUGCAGGGGAGAAAGCCCGUGGUCAAACAAAUUUGGCACUGAUCAAAUUGUUGGUGGACUCGGUCCAGCAGUGCAGUCACUGCGCUGACCCGGGUAUCCUGUACUCCAGUGUCUGCUGUGUUGACAGCCUCCUGGCCUCCCUCGACAGGAUACGACAGGGGGAGGCUAUCCCGGACUCAUGGCUCAAACAGGACAAGA